AUGGAACUUUUCCACCGGGAUCCGCAGCAUUGGCGGGAAAUCAUGCUGCGAGAGAGACACCACGAGGACGAGCUGUCGAUCGUCCUGGGAUUGGAUUUCGGCGGGACGGGAAUCAAGGGAGCGCCGGUGGACGUGGCGACUGGCACGCUGCUGCUGGAGCGAUACCGAAUCCCCACGCCCAAUCCCGCCACGCCUCAGGCCGUCGCUGGCGUCAUCAGGCAGAUCAAGGAGCAUUUCAGGUGGGAUGGACCAAUCGGGAUUGGAGUUCCGUCUGUCGUCCGACGUGGCAUCGUCCGCAGCGCGGCCAAUAUUGACAAGUCCUGGAUCAACAUCGACGCUGUUGAUCUCGUCCAACGCGCCACAGGCUGCCAGGUGGCAGCAAUCAACGACGCGGAUGCAGCAGGAUUCGCCGAAAUGAGGUUCGGCGCCGGCCGGCCCUUGCAGCGGGAAGGCACGGUCCUGAUGACCACGUUCGGCACGGGGAUAGGCACGGCGCUGUUCGUGGGCGGCCAUCUGGUGCCGAACCUAGAGAUGGGGCACAUAGAGGUCAAUGGGGAAAUUGCCGAGAAGGUGGCGUCUGGAGCAGUGAAGGAGAAGUUGGAAUUGAGCUGGAAGAAGUGGGCCGGGCGGGUGAACGAGUACCUGGCUCGCAUGGAGCAUUACCUCCAGCCUGAUCUUAUAGUGAUUGGUGGAGGCAUCAGCAAGAAAGAUGAGAAGUUUCUGCAUCUGCUAUCAGUGUCAGGAGGAACGCCCAUAGUGGCAGCGGAAAUGACUCCAGUCUCCUACUCAAACCGCACCUUCCUUUCCCCCUCUCCUCGCUCCCACCUUCCCCAUCAGUUCCUGCAUCUGCUGUCCACUGCCAGAGGGCACGCCCAUAGUGGCAGCAGAGAUGCCUCGACGCCAGGGGGAACGCCUAUAGUGGCAGCGGAGAUGCGCAACGAGGCGGGCAUCGUGGGGGCGGCUGUUGGUGGGUCCAUCCUACUGGGGGAGCAGCGCGCAGCCAGGGAAGCUGCCCGGAUUACGCCCACUCUGCUCAGCUAA